GCUCUUUACUCUCGAUCGUUUAUAGAACAAUACGUUUGUCAGUGGCCAAUGAGAACCGAUGACCGCCAAGAUGAAUGAAGAUUCAGUUAAAGUUGCUGUUCGUAUUCGUCCAUUAGUGAAAACUGAAAUUGAACGAGGUUGUCAAACUUGUUUAGAUGUUGUUUCUGGUGAACCACAAAUAGUUAUAUGUAAUACUGCUAAAUCUUUUACAUUUAAUUAUGUAUUUCCCCCUGUUGUUACUCAAGAGGAAUUUUAUAAUACUGCUAUUAAAGGGAUGAUAAAAAAUAUUUUUGAAGGCUAUAAUGUUACUAUAUUAGCUUAUGGACAAACAGGAAGUGGUAAAACUCAUUCAAUGGGUACAAAUUACACUGAAGAAGAUGAUAUGGGUGUUAUACCACGAGCAGUGCAUGAUAUAUUUGAUAUAAUUUCAUCAAAAGAAAAUUGGAGUUUUAAAGUAACAGUUUCAUUUAUGGAACUUUAUCAAGAACAAUUAUAUGAUUUGCUAACUGAUAAACAACGAAAUCAGUCUAUUGUUGAUAUCAGAGAUGAUGGUAAAAACAUAAAGAUUUCUGGACUCGUUGAAAAAGAAGUUACAAGUGCAAAAGAAGCAUUGAACUGUUUAACACAAGGAUCUUUAGGGCGUGUAACAGGUGCUACUGCAAUGAAUGCAUACAGUAGUCGAAGUCAUGCAAUAUUCACUGUAUGCAUAUAUCAACAAGAAAAAAAUGAUCUCAAUACAGCAACAACGGCGAAAUUUCAUUUAGUAGAUUUAGCUGGAUCUGAACGUAGUAAAAAGACACAAGCAACUGGUGAAAGGUUUAAGGAAGGAGUUAAUAUAAAUAAAGGUUUAUUAGCAUUAGGAAAUGUCAUAUCUCAAUUAGGAGAAGGUGGUCCUACAACAUAUGUUGGUUAUAGAGAUAGUAAACUCACAAGGUUAUUGCAAGAUUCUCUUGGCGGUAAUUCCAUAACGCUAAUGAUAGCUUGUGUUAGUCCAGCAGAUUAUAAUUUAGAUGAAACUUUAAGUACAUUGAGAUAUGCAGACAGAGCAUGUAAAAUAAAGAACAAACCUGUGAUAAAUCAGGAUCCAAAAGUUUCUGAAAUAAAUCGAUUAAAUAAAUUAGUACAAGAAUUAAAACUUGCCUUAAUAGAUAAUGAAAUUAAAACUUCUUGUCCGCUUGAACAUCAAGAACUUGAAGAAAAAAAUCAAUGUUUGCAAAAAAAGAUAAGGGAUUUAACAGAAAAAUUAAAUAGUAAUUUAAUUGAAGCUGUAGUUAUGCAUGAGAAGGUGGAAUUAGCUGAACAAGCUAGAGAAAAUAUUCAAACUGAUAUGACGAAGAUAUUAAAAGAAUGUAAAGAACUUUUAGAUGAUUUUUAUAAAAAUCCUGAUAAACAUAAAGAGCAUUGUACAAGAUUAGAAGCAUUAUAUUUUAAAAUUCUUGAUAUUCAAAACAGUCAGAAGAAAACAUCAGAAGCACUUAUAAACUGUGCAAUAUCAUCUAUUAAUGCAAAUACAUUUACAAUCAAUCAUGAAGAAGACACAGAACAUACAUCUAUAGAUGAUAUAUGUUCUCCAAAUAGUUUAGAUGAUUUUGAUGAGAAACAAGAAGAACAUACAUUACUUCAAGCUAAAAGGCACGAUGAAGUACAAAAUAUCAAUAAGGAGCUUGCUAUUAAGGAGAGUCUUAUAUGUCAGCUUUUAAAGAACUCAUCUCAAAUCAUUGAUUAUUCUAAAGAAAUACAAGAAAUGGAGCAGGAAAUAAAGACACUACAAACAGAAAGAGAAGAACUUUUACAAGCGCUACAAAAUGCACAAACGAAUAAUGUUAGCACAAAAUUGGCAGAAACUAGGCGUAAGAAAGUACAAGAAUUAGAGAAAAAAAUAGCAGAAUUAAGACGAAAAAUAACAGAUCAAGAUAAAAUAGUCAAAAUGAAAGAGAAACAAGAUCAACAAAUAAAAAAUCUAUCAAAUGAAAUGCAGUUACUAAAACAAACAAGAGUAAAAUUAAUUAGACAAAUGCGCACUGAAUCUGAUAAAUUUACAAAAUGGAGAGAAUCAAAGGAAAAAGAAGUAAACAGAUUAAAAGAUCAAAACAGGAAACAAAUAAAUGAAGUAACACGUUUAAAAAUGUGGCAUAGUAAACAGGAAACUGUGUUUAAAAGAAAAAUGGAAGAAGCUUUUGCUGUUAAUAAAAGAUUAAAAGAAGCUCUUGAUCUGCAAAAAAGAGUAAUGAUAGCAAAAGGAAAAAUGAAUACUGAUACUGAUAAAAUUCGAAAUUGGCUGAAUCAAGAAAUAGAAAUAUUAGUGAGCACUGUUGAUGCAGAAUAUUCUCUUGAAAAAUUAAUGCAGAAUAGAGCAUCAUUAGCUUCUAUGUUAAAGAAAUUGCAAAAUAGUAAUGAUGUAAAUGAAACAAAAAUUACUGAACUUAGUGAAUUAUUAGAUUUACGCAAUACACAAAUUACUGAUCUUCAACAAAAAAUAGUUGAAUCUGACCAAGAAAAUAGAGCAAAUACAAGAUGGCAAAAAAUACAUACAAUGGAACAAGCAAAAAUUGCUUUUAAAUUGUUAUUUAAAUAUACUGCAGAGGAUAGAAGAAAACAAUGUGUAAAGGAAUUCGAAUACAAUAAACUUCUGGAAAAGUUUGAACUUCUGCAAGCACAAUUGAAAGAAUACCGAGUCAGAGAGAAAGAAAAACGUAUGUCACAACAACUUAUAUUAAAUGAUACACAUAGUAUUAAAGAAUAUGAUGAGGAUAAUAGCAAAUUAAAUGAAGAAUUGCAACUUUAUAAACAGAAAUGCCAAGUGCUAGAACAAAAACUUUCAGGUAAAAAUAAAAAAAAGGAAAAUGUAAAACCAACAGUAAAUGAAGUCGUGAAGGAAGAUAUUUAUUUUGAAGAUGAUAGUAUCAUUGAAGAGGAUGACAUUGAAAAAGAUCCAGAUUGGACACAAACACCACUUUACAAUCGUAUACGAAGUCUUUUGAAUACAACAAAGAAUUCAUCACGUGAACAUAUGCCAGUGAAACGAACAUCAAAUGGAGAUAUAAAAUGUUAUUGUAAUACGAAUUGUGCUACACGUAUAUGUAAAUGUCGUAAAAAUAAAAUUAUAUGUAAUGAUAACUGUAAAUGUACUGUAGAACAUUGUCAAAAUAGGGAUACAAAGAAUACGAAUCGUACAUUAUUUGUGGAUUAUAAAGGAGAAGAAGAAAGUAACGACGAAAAUAAUAAGUUUGUAAAAAAACCAAGAUUAAUAAAGCAACACUGAUAUCAACAUCAAUAUUGUUAUAUCUAUAUUGUCA